UUUGCUUUUGUUAGAUUGUGGCUUCACAGCAUUGGUUUUUAAAUGAUGGUUUGCAAAUCCUUAGCCACUAUAUUUCAUAGUUUUUGAAGCAGAUUUAAUGCCUUUGUCUUUGGCUCUUCAUGAUAGUGUUGAGUUCACUGGUUUUUGCUGUUCUAAAUAAACAAAUUUUUUUGGUAGCCCUUCUUACAACUAGGAAGUCACCUCUUUUGGCAAGUAAAUUCUUCUCUACUUAGUGAAUUAAAGCUUGAAUCAUGGUUAAUAUAUUUAUAACAAUUCUUGUGUUUUUUAGAUUCUUUGUUAUCUUAAUUAAUUGAUGUGUAACGAAAUUUGUAGGUACCAAAAGAGUAUUGAGCUCCUGAUCUUGAAGCUUCCAUUCAAGAGGCUUGUCCAUGAAAUUGCUCAGGACUUCAAGAAUCUCUGCUAUAAAUGGGGUGCAAAACUGACUCCAUCAGAGGUGGCUGAUAAAGUGAAGCACUAUGGCAAGAUAAGUGGAAGAAGUCGAGGGUUUGUCUUUGUGACGAGGAGAAGUAAGCAAAGCAGGGCCUCUGGUUGAGUAUGAGCAUAGAAUUGCCAUGAGUGAUCGUGUGGAUGGGGAUAGUAGUCAGG